CACACACACACGCAGCUGGAGCGAUGGCCGUGGCACCUGCGUUGGUUGCGCUGGCGUGUUGCUUGUGUGCUGUUGUGACGGAAGGCCUGGCGGACGAGACGUACUCUGAGCAGACAUCGUUCAUCACUCUGGCAGACGGCAGCGUACUGUUCCGGGUGGAGCCACGCUUCGAUGCAAGACCAGUAGCGCACGACCACAGAGGAAAGCUCAAAGAUGGUGCUUUCGGAGAAACACCGCGUGGUGCCCACGCCCCAAAUGCUACGGCAAACGACUGUGCACAACAUUCCAGCUUGGUGCCGCUGCCUGUUCGCCGCAUCUUCGAGGCCACAGGCGCAGAGGCUGUCAGCGUGCGGCUGACACAAGGCCGAUGGCGUGACGAUGCUUGGGGAGCCUACCCGUACGAACAGCAAACACCAAUGAUGGGGGCCGAGGUGGAAGCGACGUGGCCUUCAGCGUUGCGGGCAUCCGUGCCCGAUCGGUUCGAGCAGCUCAUGCACAUGCUCUCCGGCAUGCUGUGCGCAUCACUCUCCACCAUCACGGCCGAGCACGUCAUCUACGACACUGCCCUCUUCACCAGCGGCAGCAGCGAUUCCCCCACAACCACAGUGCGCGGGUUCCUGCAACGAGAGGCCCUGUGCACCGAGAACCUGACACCACUGCAGCAUCUACUGCCGUGCGGGCGCAUUGCCGGCCUUGCAUCACUGAUUGACGCCAGGAAGUUCUUCUCAGGUUCGUUUCACAGUCUUGGGUGGUCGGCCAGGAGAGCACACCGACAACUGGCAAUCUCCCAGCGGCCAUCGCCUGUCGUGUGCGCGGGUGACGUGAGCAUGCACGUGACGAUUGAAGCUGUGGCCGCCGACCACACUCGCGCUGUUCCUCUGUCACUCGCACGCAGCAGUGAGCAUGCAACGCUGGAGUCGAUUGAUCUCGGUCGUUUCUACAACACCCGCACAUGGAGGCAGCGCGCAUGGUGCGCUGCUGCGGAUGUCACCACGUUUGUGAUUGACACGCGCCAGCAACUGCAUCGCGUACAUGUGAACGCUGAGCACCAAGGCUUCGCCCGCGUUGACAGCGACGGCGGCGCUCUUGCAGCUCCUGAUGUUCCGCUGGCGGUCACCAAGGUUUACAUCGGCCGUGGCACGUACAAGGGCGCCAUCAGCACUCGGAUUCACAACAACUGGGACACGGCGAUAGCGGCGUACAAUGACACGUUUGUGCCGGCAAAGGCGCGCGUGCGCCCGGCGCAUCUCACGACGUGGACAACCGUUCCUGCGCACACAACACUCGAGUUGAGGAUUGCCUUUCACCACGGAUUUCUGCGCAGUUCCGAUUAUCCGUCCGAUCCCUUCCGCGGGCUUGAGGUGUUGCCUACGAUUGUGCUGGCGGACGUGUUUGAGAACCACACGUCUCGCUUCAUCUCCAAUCCACUGGCAAUUCACAUGGCUGUGCCUGACAUGUCGAUGCCGUUCAACGUGAUCAUGCUGACAAGCACGCUGGUGGCGAUCAUUUUUUCGAUGCUGCUCACGCUCGCAUCAAACCUGCGUCUCCCCACAAUAAAAAUAUAGGGGAUUCCCACCCUCGCA